AUGUGGCUUCAGGACUUCCAGUCUUGUCCGUCUUUGAUCUACGAAGGACAACAUUUGCCCGCCAUCCAAAGCCUCUUAGCACUGUUUGAUCACGAGUUCAGGUACCUUUGCAAGGUGUUGGAAAACUGUCAGGAACUACCUCAGGAUAGCGUGUUCGAGUUGAUCGUGAAGAGACUCAGAUGGGCUGGGGAGGCGGACAAUAUCAACCAAACCUCCGUGCGCAUCGGCCGUCUUACCUCCUCCAUGACCGCGGCGCUCUCAGUAACUGGCAGGCGAAAUGAACUUGUCAUGAGACAAGAGCAAUCAACAAGAUACGAUGAGAGUCAAAUUCGGGCCCAAAAGAUCGAAUACGCUCUGGAGAAAAUGCAGGGUACGCUAGAGAAGAUAGCAGACGCGCAGGAAAAGUCAUACAUUGAGCGGAAACCCAUGAAUAUUCUGCCCGCGCCUCAGACACAACAUCCCCUGGAAUCGCCAUUACCAAAGCUACUUCCUUUCAGAGAAUUACAACCGAAAGCCUCCGAAAACGUGUUGGACAAGAUUUUGCCUUUGAGUCGUAGGAGCUCAUUAUCAAACUCCCUCGAAACCAUCACCUUACUCGAACACGCUAGUAAAGAAGUUCAGUCAGUAGAUGCGGUGUACCAAGACGUCACGAUGCCGCUUAUGCUGAUGAAAAGCGGAUUGAAUGUGGCCGUCGAUGCUGCAAUUGCGUUCGGCGGAUUGAUUCUCCCAGCUGCGAAUGCGUCUUUCGUGAGCAACAUAGUCGAUCAAAUCCUGCAUCAAAGCCACGCAUCUUCGUCGUUCCAUCUUGCGGCUAAGACUAAGCAGAAAUUACGGGAAAAUGCGCUCUCGGGAAUCGGAAACAAAUCGGAAAACCGCAACUAUCUGGAGGCCUGGAUGGGAACUUUCACCAUUGACAGCUCAUCCGGCCGAGUGCAUGAUGGGCCGGGUCAAGCGGGGAUGGUAGGAGGCAGCCUUUGUUUAACACAGCAUGUCAAGCACGAUACUCCCUGGGGGCUUCUGGAGGCAGCUCUGGUUCUGAGAGGAAACCGAAUCCGAUCUGAGGUACUCAGCUUCCGAUUCUUUUUCAGACCAAUCCGGGAACUUUCGAACGUGAACGUUGCUAUCACCUACAUAUCACACGCGGCCUUUUCCACGGCCUUUGUUGUCGCCUCGGCUGUUUUUUAUGCGUCGGAUCUUUUCGAGUUUUUUCAUUCCUUCUUCAGUCAACCAUUUACAGAAGCAAUCAAACGGGGGGCGAGGUCAUCUCACUCAUUCCGCACUGAACAGACUAGCAAGCUGCUUAAGCACCUAGGGAACUUCGAUAUCCCUCACUAUAGAAUAGGGCACAGCUUGAGACUGUUGCAAUACCCGACAUCUUCCCAUUUGCAAAUAAUGGAAAAGGUCAAGGAUGCGGACGUGCCUUACUCGGUAAGGUCUCUGCCCCAGGAGUCGUAUAGCUUUGUGUUAGUUAGCUGUUGA